UUAGUAUGAAUAUGGUAUUUAUUAUGUAAGUUUUCAUAAUGCAAAAGAAAAGUAAUAAUGUUGGAAUAUGAACGGUUAUAAGAAUACGUAGGUACCUAAUUUACAAAAUUAAAUAAAUUAAAAAGUACAAUUGCGUGGUUCUGCUAGUUGUAAUUCUUUAUUAUACAGAUGAUAAUGAUGUCAUUAUUUUUUCUGCUUUAAUGCUAAAGUAAUAGCCCACCAGAAAUUUAAAUAACGUGGACCCCUUGGUAAAUAUUGGGCACAGAUAUGGAUAAUGGGCAUGAUUCUCAAAAUGAUCUUAAAACUAAUGGUGAAGAAAAUUGCCAAUUCUCACCGCCAGAGGCACUAGGUGUCGAAUGACCUGUAAUCUACCAAAAUAGAUAUAAAAAGUUGGUAUAGUACAGAUGUAAAUCUGAAAACUAGCUUUAUACUUUACCCACGAGGAAAUUAAAAAGAAAACAAAUUCUUUAUUGUAAUUUAUAUUUGGGUGAAAAACCGUUAAUGUUGCCGAACUAUCGAUAUUAAAACUAUCGACAGUUUACAUCGAAAAUCAUGUUCCCUAUCGAUAGGCCUAUCGAUAGAAUCGCUACAACCGAUAGUAUCGAAACUAUCGAUAAUCAGGCAACAGAACAAGGCAAUACUAUCGAAUGAGUGCAAUACUAUUGAUACUAUCGAUAUUAUUGUAGUUCGUUAAUAACAAACUAUUAAUAGUAUCGAUACUACCGAUACUGUUGAUUUUAUCUGCAUCAAUACUAUCGAUAGUAUCGAUACUAGCGAUUGUUUUAGACUAAAGUUUGUGAUUGACUAUAUUACCUGAAAAUUAAAAAAAAAUACUAUCGAUAGUAUGGUUGCAAAUGAAAUCGACAGUAUCGAUACUAUCGAUAGGCCGAUCAUUGCCAUACGAUUGGUUGGCUAUCGAUAGAUUAUCGAUUAAUCAUCGAUAGUCGACUAUCGAUCGGCAACACUAAAAACCGUAGAUGUUGGACUUUUUGGCGGGAGCAGGAAGCGUCACAUAAGCAGAUUUGUUUUUCUUGUUAAAAAUUGUGUUGUGGCGGAUUUUAGUGUCUAAUAAUGGUGGAUUAUUAUUAACCACUAAGUGUUUGGGAACAUGAACAAGUGUUGGCAAGUGAAACAGAAUAGCGGAAAGUGUCUUUCGACGUUCCCUCGAGAAGUCCACGGCGAGGUUCCAGUAAAUCCCCACACUUUUACUUAAAACAUAGGGAAAGGGGGAUUGACUUGACUGCCACUUACUUUGUCUUGAUUUAUUACUUUGAUCACGAGUGCCAUAGCACGGUAAUAUUAUAUACAGUAUUCUAUCUUCAUACAAACGGUCGGAAAGCGAAUCAUACAUACGCCACUGGAGUUCGCGGGACUCUCGGGGGACACCCAGUCGCAAAUGCGCUGCAGCGACGACCGAACGGUGUGAGUUGUUUUUUAUGCAGUUAGACGUGCUUAAACGUGCGAUUUGUAUUGUAAAUAUUUGAUUGAAUUAAGUAGAUACCUACAUAAUUUAAUAUGGGAAAGAACAAACGACGAUAUUUUACUGUAUUUGGUUGCUUGAACUCUUCAAUAACGCACCCGGAGAUAUAAUUUUUUAAAUUACCUGAAAUAUUGGAAGGGUAUGAUUUAAAGAAUAUUUUUUAUAUAUCUAUCUACUAGUACGUAAUUUGUUUUUAAUAUUUAGGUAUUUCGAUUUUUCCAUCGGGCAAAAUAUCUGGAAUAUUAAAUAAAUAAGUGGAUAGGGUGAAAAAAGAGACAAACGAGUAAUCUACCUACACUGGCGUUAAAAACAAAACUACAUAAUAGGUAGGUAGUUUCCUAGACGAGGCUAUCUACUUACUUAACUACAUACAUUAUUGAAUAACUAAACUACAUACAUUAUUGAAUUAAAUGAAAUAUCAUUAUGAAAUAAUUUACGAGAGUAAUAAAAAACGAGAGGUAUUGUAGUGAUCGGAUAUUUUUGGUGUAUACUGGCAGGUUAUUAGGUAAUUUGGAAAAGAGACGGAUUGUUGACAGGAAUAGAAAGCUAAAAAAUAAUGAAAUAGGGAGAUUUGUGCGGAGUUUAAAAAACAGUAUUUUGUUUAUUGAUAAUGAUAAUGUAAUUUCUUGAAAAUAAAAGUGUUUCAAUGACAAUAAUUAGUUUGCAUGAAACGAUCCCUACAGUACCUACCUAGUAAGAUUUACCUACAUUGUAGGUAAUUUCCUUUUUACAAAUAAAUAUAACUUGUAUGUUUAAAAUAAUAUUCUUUUAUUGAAUUAUGUAAGAAUAAAAAUCAGCAGUCAGUUUUUUUUAAACUUUUAAUUAACUUGCAAUAUAGGUAGGUAUGUAACUAUGUUUGUUCGGGUGGAAUCUUGCAACUCAAUUUUUGAAGCAUUUUAUCUUCAACCGGUUGAGCUAAAAUUUUGUAUAGGUAUACACGUUUUGAUUAAAAAGCACGGUUAGCUGUGUGACGUCAUUCUAAAUCCAACAUGGCGGAAUAGUUAUUUUUAAUGCAUUCCUACGAUAUGGGUAUAUGGGCUUGCGGAGAAUCAUAUAAAAUAAAAUAUUUACAAUCACAAAACUAGAAAGAAACUCAAUUAUUUAGAUGAAAUUAAAAUAUUGUAGGCGGGCGGUCCUACCGCGUGUUACGCACCGUUCGGCCGUAGGCAUUUAUUUCAAGGACAGGGCCGAGUCACAAUACUGUAUAGAUAAUAUUACCGUGGCCAUAAUAUUUGUAAACAUUUUAACACUUGACAUUGGCUAAAUGCACAAGCCGUGCGAAGCCAUUUAGAAAAAAAACCGUAGAUGUUUGAAAAGAGGUGCAAGAAUAAACAUGAACCUGUUAAAAAAUAUAUAUUUAUAUGUUUUACUGUUGUGUUUAUCAAUAGCAGCUAUUGAAAAUAAUACCGAUUAUUUCAGGAGUUUAGCUCUUGUACAAGUACUUUGAAAUAUUACUAUAUCGAUUAAAGAUAAGUACUGGCAACUGCGCAACAGAGACUGCCGUCCAAAAACUUAGUUCUUCGAAACAGUUUCCUUUCUUUUAAUCUAAGAGAAAGACGACCUUAUGUGAUUUUGUUAGGGUUUAUAUUAUUUAUUUACAAAAUAGCAAGUGAGCAUUCCUGAUGUUCCUGUUACCAAAGGUAUAUUUAUAACUUUCUAAUGGAGUUUGAGGCCGUAUGACCCAUACAGGGCCAUACGCCAUCUGUAAUUAGCUUUGCGUAUUCAUUAGACAUUCAUUCUUUUGUUUACACAGCAUGUAUACUAUUAAUAGGUAAACUAUAAUAACUAAUAAAAUAACGCAUGCUCAACGUUUCGCACCUGUAUGUCCAUUUGGUUUUAAAAUGCAUUAUGUUAAUUAAUAUUUGUCACUUAUUUAAACUUUGGCUUCAUCGUAUUGGGUGUGCGCACAAAUCAAUUCUAUAAGACCCUGAUCAUUUGACCGUGCGUCGCGGUCGCACAUAACCACUACAUUGUUCUCACUACACUAAGUUAUGGGGUCACAGAACCUAAAAAACAUGAGGUCACCUAUAUAUAGCAUAAAAAAGUAAGAAAGCUAACAAGUUCACCACAAAACUCCGUCAACUUUUUACAUAAUUUGAUAAAGAUAAUUACAAUAUACAACUUUUGCGUGUUUGGUUUGGUCGAACAUGUCAUCCGUCGAGUAUGAAGAACCGUUCCCUAUGGGGCUUGUCAGAGCCGGGGCCAAGGUACGUGUAUCUUAGCUCGAUGUCUGGAGGGGCGGAAAUGUCACCUUGGAGAAUGCUGAAGGCUUGUUCUAUGGUGCACUCGAUUUCUGUUUUCAACUCCUGUGGGAAAAAAAUAUUUACAUAAGUUUAAAAAUUUUCGUCGUUAUUCAGCCAGAUAAAAAUAUAAACAAAUCCUAGCUAACUACAGUAUCACAUAUUGGGUCAAGUUUUUAAUCUAAAACAGCCACACUCUCGAAUGCACACAUUAAAUUGCAUUGAAAUCACUUUCGACCCAGUGGUCUACCACCAAAACUGUCAAGGUGCGGCUAUUGGCUACACAUAAUAGAAUGAGUUAUGUAACUAAGUAUGUGGGACACACAGAAAGUUUUGAGAAACUAAAAAACUAACAUCUAUGAAAAUAAUAUUUUUAUUGAAUCUUUUCAAUGAACUCUGCACCAGCCUCUAUACAAAGUUUCAUGCGUCUGAACCAAUUUUCAAAACAUUUUUUCCAGUCCUCCGCAGACACCUCUUCCACGGUCUUCUCAAAAGCUGCUAGCGCUUCUUCCGGCGAUGAAAAGUGUAUCCCUCUGAGCUGAUUUCUUAUUUUAGGGAAUUAAACGAAGUCACACGGAGCCAAAUCAGGACUGUAAGGAGGGUGUCCCAAGACUAACUGGUGUGGAGUCUGGGAGUUGUUCGUUUUAAUAGCAGAGUGCGCGGGCGCGUUGUCGUGGUGAAGAAGGACCCCGCGGAGCCCAGUGUUAGGUCGCUUGUUGCUCUUUGCAGAAAAAACUUCUGGCAGGCAUUUUGUGCUAUACCAAUCGGCGUUGAUGCUGCUUUGGUCUCGAAGUGGAAUUGAAAUUAGGUAAGCCGUCAAAGUGAAGAAACUAGCGAUCAAAAUUUUCCCUGCGCUCCUCGAUCGCUUCACUUUCGUAGGCGUUGGUUCAUUUAGAAACAGCCAAACUGUCGACUGACGCUUUGUUUCUGCGUAUAUUGUAUUGCUAAAUCCAGGAUUCAUCACCUGUUACAAUAUCGUAAACGCGCCGCGACUCAAUCCACACGGGCCUGCUUCUGAGCUUCGGUGAGUUUGUGCGGCACCUAGCGGGAAACUAUCCUCCUUACGCAAAGGUGCUCGUGCAAAAUCCUGUGAACAAUUCCUGAACCAAUCUGCAGAGUAUGCUGAAUCCCUUAGUACGUAAUUCGUCUGUUGUCUUGAAUUAAAUUUUUGACUGCCAGCACACUUUCUUUGGUGACAGCCGUUGUAGGACGACCACUCCUUUGUUCAUCCCCCAAAGUAAGACGACCGCGUUUGAACUCGCUACACCAACGGUAGAUGGUUGCUUUUGAAGGUCCUUCAUCCAUAAAAGCAGUUCGAAAUCGAACAAAUGACUUAUCAGGUUUUAAGCCACAUUUAAAAUCGGAAAAAAUCAUAGCACGAAAAUGUUCUCGAUGCAGAUCCAUUUUUUAAAGAGACAAGAAAUAUUUAAUUGACUCUCGAAAAAAUGCGGAUGAAAAUUUGAGAAUCGAACAGUGGUAUUUUUACUUUUAAAUUAUAGAAGUUUUCAAAAUAAUUACAUGUGGCCAGUGUCAUAUACAUAAAAACUUUUUCGCAAAACUUUCUGAGUGGCCUGGUAUCUAUCUUCAUCAAUGUUAAAAGAAAUAGAGAGGUUAUGCCAUAAGUUUUUUCUGCCUUUGUAAAUUAGCUCCGACUUGAAGCCCUUUAAUUGACAAGACGCCAUUUUAGGAUGUUUAUGUUUAUGGUAGUUCAUCUGUCAUUCGUAGCGUUUCCCGGUGUUUGUUAUUGAAUGAAGAAGCGGCGCGCACGCUCUGCCAUCACGGCCGUGCAGGUGGUACAGCAGAAAGCCGCGCAGGUGUGCGUUGCCCGCGCUCAGCGCCGUCAUCGUGCGCAGGGUACCUCGGCACAGGCUCGCCUUCAGCGUCAGACGGACAUAAGCCUUGGUUGUUUUGUCACCGGGAUUGGGGGCGGCGAGAUCCUAAAGGGACUACCAGCUGAGGAUUGGCGAGUGCAUCACUGCUAGCUUCUACUUCUACUGCUACUUCCCUAUGUGUGGAAUGGGGAGAUUGGGCCGUGAUUACUCAGGCCUAGUGCAGAUUUUGUGAGUACUAACGUCAGCAGAUGCAGCCGGGCUUUAAGUGCCUUCCGAAGCACAGAGGAGAAGCCUAGAUAGAAAUUUUUGGUCACCCAUCCUAUGACCGGGCAUUGCGAAAGUUGCUUAACUUAAACGACCGUAGACCGAACGCUCUAUCAACUUGUACAAUAAGAGCUUUUAGUGGUAGCUACGUAUUUCUUAUAUACUGCCAAGCUACGUGAAUUAUUCCCGCCAUCACUUUAUUAUUUGACCUCAUUUAAUAAAAUUAUUUUAAUUAUUGUCAAUUAUAAUUUAUUUUGCAAUGAGAUACUACGUCAGCCGUGCGCGAACAUACCAUAUAACUACAUAGAAUCAUUUACUAUUUUAAAAUUUUGAAGUCAUUAAUUAGUUCUAAAAAUAUGGUUCAUUAUCAAGUUUUAAUUAUAUUUCCUUAUUUUUCUAUAUUCCGAAUAUGUCGUGAAUCUAAUUGGAUACAAAAAUAAUAAUUUUAAUAUAAUUAUGAGUUUGUGGAUAGCAAAAAUAAAUAAAGAUACUAUAUUUAUUCGUAGUAACUUACCAUGCCACUGCAGUCCUUCUUUAUCUCCUAUCUCCCAUAUCAACCGGCAUUGAAGGUCUACAACGAUUUGAUUAGUUUUCGGUAUGUACUUGUUGAUACGGUAAACUAGAAAAUUCUCCAAAUGAUCCACAUUUUCGAAGUCCAACGAGCUCAUUAAGCUUCCGAGAGCUUUUUGUAAAAUACAAAUACUUUUAUUGGGAACGCGCAUACCACAUUGCAAGCAUCGCCAGGUAGAUGAUAACUUUAGAGGUUCUACUGGCAAAAGCGAACCAGGGCACUCCUGCGAGAAACAUUUGAGGGCACCUAGCAGUGUUCCACGUUCUGUGGGAUCCGCACAUCUUUCACAUUGACACAAGAAAUGUUUAGUUUUAUAUAGGUGCAUUCUUCGGGCGGGGGUACCCCAUAAAGUUCCGGUAUAACAUGUGAAAAUUUCAGUUCCCGCUCGAAUUGGUUUCACCGCUUUUACUGUCAUUUGGUGGUCUCCAUUGUAGCUAUAUCUAGUAUUUGGUACACAAUUGUGAUUCAUUAAUCCAGAAACUGGAUACAAGCCUCGCAUACUCACUUCCUUUUUACCGUACGCUGUGGCUAUUUGGAAUGCGUUUGUGUCGAGCGCACAACAUGCUAGAGUCAGUAAUUGUUCAUCAUCCUCGGGAAUGUGGAAAUAUUCUUUCAAAUUCCUUAUUUCUGCGCCGUGUUGUGGUAACUUGUGCGCUUGAAGUGAUGCCAUUAGCAGUUUUUGAUCUUCAUUCAACAAUAGCGCUCGUAUUGGUGUCAACGCUCUUGAUAAUAAAAUAUCAUCUACUUCCUCAAUAGGCAUUUUAUUAGUCCAUCCAGAGAUUAUGGUACAGUCCUCGCAAUGCUGACUACUAUUUUGACACUCUUUCGAACAUAAAAAACAGGCACAUUUGUGACAGUUAAAACAGUUGUCAUUGUCAAUUAAACUACAUACUGUGCAACCACGUGGUGCAGUGAUUCGAGGCCCUCGGAUGAGCGGAUGGUCAACGAAUAGAACUUCACCAGACGCUAUAUCUUCAGUAGCAAACAGUCCUCGUCCUCCUAAGGAUGAUUCUCUGAUGGCCCAUUUGCACGAAUAUUGAAUAUCCUCGGCAUAGUUGUAUAGCCCGAGGUGCACCUUGACUAUUUGUGACAAUUGUUCCAACGGCAACAUCCUGCCGUGACUCGACCGAUGACGGCACUGCACUGGACUCGGACUAUAUAAACCACCGGCUAUGAUAACAUAAGCUAGGUACGGUUUAGAUUUAUUAUUGAAGCGUUGCAAAUGGCCCGCGGUCUUUUACCAAAUUAGUUGCUGCGUAUUGACGCGCGCCGGUCGUAUGAGGCAAGUGAACAGCGUACCUGGCGAGUACUUCGCGGGCGUUGCCAAGCCAGUGUUGUUUAUCAGGUGAUUUCUGCGCGAAGCAAUUUAUUGAAUGAGUUCAUAUCAGAUCGCGCAAAUUUAGCCGUUACCUGAGGAGCUAGAGCAGCUACACCCGCCGCGUGUACAGUGAAAAAGACGCAACUGUGACAUCUGGGAAAAAUCAGAUUCCACGUUAUCACGACGUUCACGCCCUCGAUGCUGCGCACAAAGUGCUUCCAGAGAGAGAAACCUGAUCCCUGUCCUUUGUCAGCGGCGGCGCUGGUUCGACAACCUGACCAGUCUCUAUGACCGCUUGCCAUACGCGGACGUUUCUCAGGAAACCCUAUGGAAAGUUAGCUAAAUGCGCAAUAAACAAUUAGAGGACCACGGGAACAGCUCACCGGGUGCCUGAGCUCGUGGUUGCUGCAGCAGCUCACUAAGAAUGCAAACACUCUUCGACUACCAGGAAGAUGAGUAUGAGUGUCCGUGGUAUUAUUUCGACGGUUCCUACAAGACGUUGCUGGGCGCCUGUCUCAUUCUAUUUGGUGUAUUCGGGGUGCUGCUAAACGGCUGGCUUUUUGCCACGUUUAUCCACAGUCACCUGCUAGUGUUCAGGAGUCAUAUAUUAGUCCUUAAUAUUUGCUCUGCGUCGCUUGGCAGGAAUUUACUUGGGUUUCCGUUUUCGGGUUCAUCCGCUAUAGCUAAAAGAUGGCUGUUCGGCCCAGCAUGUUGCCAGUUAUUUGCGUUUUUGAAUCAGUUCUUUGGUGUCUUCCAAAUGGCCGCAUUGUUUGCUAUUGUGCUGGAGAGAUAUUUGCUAGCCAAAUUUUACCGACGUGAAUUAUCAUUAUACCUGCGAUGGUAUUGGAGCCUGGUGGGCCUAUGCUGGCUGAGCGCAUUGGUGUUCGCCACUCCGCCGCUGUUCAGCUACGGGGUGUACUCGUGCGACGCCACUGGCACCGUCUGUACUCUGCUCUGGCCCUCCCUGAGAGCUGGUUCUAGGCAGAUCGGCUUUACUGUGCCUUAUGUUGUCAUAUGCGGUGUAGCACCUGUCAUUGCCAUAUUCUAUUUCAUGGGGAAAGCUAUACGUUUGGAAAAAAUAUAUUACAGAAGUGAACAACAGAGAGAACAGAAACGUUUCACUAAGAGCGUCCAUGCCCUCACUGUGGCCACGCUAGCUCUGUGGAUACCUGCCGCCGUGCUGGCUGGUUGGCAAUGGUUGCCCCUACUGGUGUACGGAUACCGACCUCACGUGCCCCCUGUUUUGGCUCUCAUCGCUCCUAUUGCUGCUGAGGCAGCCACCAGUGUUCCCGUACUGUGCUAUCUAACUGUGGACGAGAGGCUUCGAGCCGCCUUACUGGGCCGAAUGAGGAAGCAGUACGCGUUGUUGCACCCUUCCCGGGCCAAAAAAUUCAAUCUCAACCUCCUUGGGAACUACUCCAAGAGUUAUACCAGCCUCGAGAGAAACAUUAGAAAAAGUUCAACCAGCCUUUGGAAUAAUAAUACAGCUCUCUAAAAAGGUCUGCUUAACUUUAAACACAAAGAAAAUGGAAAACGGCCCAAUAUAUUGGAGUGAAGCAAAGUGUACAUUUUAGUUAGAUGAAUAAUUUUGAUGAAAGGUUUUUUUUUGUUGAGCUUAAUCAAUUACAAAAAGACUGAAUAGAAAAUGUCAUUGCGAAAUUUGGUUAUUUCAGUAAAAUAAAUAUGUACCUACUUUAAGUGUAAAAAUAAGUAAUUUAAUUAAAUUAAGAGUUCAGAA